GACCUUACAGUAAGUGAAAGUGAAAUUAAGGAGCAGCAGAGGACCACAGGAGGAAAGAGACACGGAGGACGUCGACUGGUCGAAACAUUUGACUCUUCGCUGAUUUCUCUUCUACAAACAUGGACAAUAACUCCCUAACGGAGCAGUCGGAUUCCAUGGAGACUCAAUCCUCCAGCGACGACAUGGCGCUCUCGAGGGAUGCGGCCACGGACCAAUCGGAAGCCUGCGGCGAAGGAAAAGCAGCUGGUGUGGCAGACGCCGGUGUGGCAGACGCAGACUCCGGUAUGGCAGACGCAGACGCCGGUGUGGCCGCCGCAGACUCCGGUGUGGCAGACGCAGACUCCGGUGUGGCAGACGCAGACUCCGGUGUGGCAGACGCAGACUCCGGUGUGGCAGACGCAGACGCCGGUGUGGCAGACGCAGACUCCGGUGUGGCAGACGCAGACGCCGGUGUGGCAGACGCAGACGCCGGUGUGGCAGACACAGACGCCGGUGUGGCAGACGCCGGUAUGGCAGACGCAGACGCCGGUGUGGCCGCCGCAGACUCCGGUGUGGCAGACGCAGACGCCGGUGUGGCCGCCGCUUUGCAAGACGCAGCUUUGCAAGACGUGUCAAACAGCACGAGAAUGGUCAUCCUGGAAAAAACUAGAAACAACGUAUUUAAGUGGCUUUGGAACAAACUGACAGGUAAUAACUCCCUAACGGAGCAGUCGGAUUCCAUGGAGACUCAUUCCUCCAGUGACGACAUGGCGCUCUCGAGGGAGAACAGCACGAGAAUGGUCAUCCUGGGAAAAACUGGAGUUGGGAAAAGCAGCCUGACUAACACCAUAUUUGGAGAGCAGGUGGUCAACAUCGGACACACUCUCAGCUCUGAAACAAUUACAUGUCAAGCAGUAACUAAACCUGUCAAUGAAAGAAACAUCACUUUGAUUGACAGUCCUGGUUUCUUCGACACAGAUCGAUCUGAGGAGGACAUGAAGGCUGAAAUAGUGAGGUGCAUCACAGAGUUCGCUCCUGGGCCUCAUGCCUUUCUCAUUGUGCUCAAAGUGGAGAGAUUCACCGAGCACGAGAAGGCUGUCAUCACUAAAAUAAAAAAAAUGUUUUCUGAAGAAUUUUUCCAGUAUGCGACAGUCCUCUUUACUCAUGGUGACCAGCUCCCUGAAGGAGAGACCAUUGAGGACUGUAUCAAAACUAAUGUGCCUGUGAGGGAUCUGGUGACAAAGUGUGGAGGCCGCUGCUACGUCGUUGAUAAUAAAUACUGGAAGAACAACCAGCAGGAAGAAUACAGGAACAACCAGGUCCAGGUGAAGGAGCUCCUCAAGACAAUAGAUCAGAUGAUGGAGGCAAACGGAGGAAGAUGCUACACCAAUGAGAUGCUACAAGCAGUGCAGGAAAGAAUAAUACAGGAGGAGCAAGUCAUUAGACAGUCACCAGGAAACAAGUCAGAGGGAGAGAUCAGACAGGAAGCUAAAAACAGAGCAGUUCGGUGGCUUGGUAUCUGUUUGGCAGCUGUUAAAUCAGUUGUAUUGUUCGGAGCUUUUUUUGGCCUCAGAGCGAGUCUCAGUGUAGUUGUCUCAGCUAUACAGGCAUCGGUUACCCUCAACAGAAGGGCAUGAGGUGCAACAGGUGUAAGAGCAACUACUGGUGCAAAGUCAUAAUUGCUCUAACAGUAACAUCUGUAGUGGGAGCAGUGGCAGAAGGUGCUGCAGGACAUUGUGCAGCUGAGGGAGCAGACACACUAUUGGAAGAGAGGGCAGCGAAGGUCGUCAUUGAUGGAAGCAAAUCUACUGCGGACCAAGUAAAACAUAGUUUGAGUUAAACCAUAGAGUUUAAACCUGUAAUGAGCAAAAACUCUUGAAGGGUUAGUUAAAAAGUCUCCCAAUAUAUUACAAUAUUAAUAUAAACAAUAUUUAACCACUGAGAUUAUUAUGUUUAAUCAUAAGUAAUAUGUUUGAUGUGUUAUAGUGUAAAUUACUUAUUCAUAAGAUUCAUCGUCAUUUAAGUUUUAUUCUCUUUGAUGAAUUACGAUUUCUUUCUUUUUAUUGAGUGUUUUGGUCUCAUAUCACUGUUUUCUUCACAUAUAAUCUCAUAUUAUUUAGUGUAAAUUGAAUGAUGGCAUCCUUAAUUAUGUUUUUCUUUCAUGUAUCAAUAUGUAAUCACAUGUUCUUUGUUGACUGAAUGGUGAGAAGAAGUAAAUAAGUGAACUCUUGGUUCACCUCAUCAUCUUGAAAGUCUUAUUGGAAAUGUAAACUUUUGACAUUUUGUCUUUUCUUUUACUUAAUUGUUUACAUCAUUGAUAUUUGUAACCAUUUAUCUUCUUUUAUUGCACAAAAACAACAAAUAAAACUGGUUUGUAUUCUGUACAUUCCAACCAAA